UCAUCAACAUCAAACCUUCUCCUCUUUGUUACGCAAUUACACAACUUGCAACGCCUCUCUCUCUCUCUCUCUCUCUGUUCGCCGCGAAUGUGUUGAUAAGUCAUAAGUUCUCUGUUAAAUGUUGCUCCUUUCUCUAAAUUUCUCACAAAUUGAGGUAUAGAGAGAGAGAGGAGCACAGAGAUAGAGAGAGAGACGCAUAGGAAACGGUGAAUUUCCCAGUUCCCGGCGAAAAAUCGGAAAUUUCUCUUUAAUCGGCGAAUCUGAACUUCACGCACUCGAAAUUAGCUAGUGGGUUUUGGUGGGUUCCUCUUAAUUUUUCGAGAUUCUGGAGAAGAAAUCUUGAACUUUGUACAAAUAUGUUUGGGUGUGAUUGUUUUUACUGGAGCAGAGGAGUCUCCGAGUUGGAUUCGGAAUCGGCCGAGCCAAAGCCCUUCUCGCUUCCGUCUCCUCUUCCUUGUUGGCCACAAGGUAAUGGUUUUGCCACGGGAAUAAUAAACCUAGGAGAAAUUGAUGUGGUGAAAAUCACUAAGCUCCAUAGAGUUUGGAGCUCCGAUUCAUCGCACGGAAAAUCAAAACGUGCAACAUUUUACAGAGCUGUGGAAAUUCCAGAAGGUUUCCACUGCCUUGGUCACUAUUGCCAGCCAACCGAUCAUCCCUUGAGAGGUUAUGUACUUGCAGCUCGGGCUAGUGAAACCAUCAAUGUUGAUGAUCUGCCGGCCCUGAAAAAGCCUGUGAGUUAUUCCUUGGUUUGGAGUGCUGAUUCAGAGAAAAAUGGCGGUGGCUAUUUCUGGCUACCUAUUCCUCCGGUUGGUUACAGAGCAAUGGGAUUUGUUGUAACCCAUCAACCAGGGAAACCUGAGACAGAGGAGGUUAGAUGUGUAAGACAGGAUCUUACUGAGAGUUGUGAAACCUCUGAGAUGAUACUUGAGGUGGGUUCUUCCAAGAAGUCGAACCGCUCUGGUUCUCCUUUUAGUGUAUGGAGCACCCAACCUUGCGAGAGAGGAAUGCUCUCAAAAGGUGUAGCUGUUGGGUCAUUCUUUUGCUGCACAUAUGAUCUAGCUUCUGAUAGGACGGUCCCUGAUAUUGGAUGCUUAAAGAAUCUUGAUUCGACUUUACACGCCAUGCCAAAUCUCAACCAGGUCCAUGCUGUUAUCGAACACUACGGACCAACGGUCUACUUCCACCCUGAAGAGGCUUACAUGCCUUCAUCCGUACAAUGGUUCUUUAAAAACGGAGCUUUGUUGUACCGGUCAGGGAAAUCACAAGGUGAGCCGAUUAACUCCACAGGCUCGAACUUGCCUGCUGGAGGAUGCAAUGAUAUGGAAUUCUGGAUAGAUCUUCCUGAAGACGAAGAAGCAAAGAGUCAUCUCAAGAAAGGAAACCAUGAAAGCUCCGAGCUUUACGUUCAUGUGAAACCAGCACUUGGUGGAACCUUCACCGACAUCGUGAUGUGGAUCUUCUGCCCCUUUAAUGGCCCGGCCACGCUCAAAAUCGGGAUAUUCACGUUACCUAUGACCCGCAUAGGAGAACAUGUUGGUGACUGGGAACAUUUCACUUUCCGUGUAUGCAACUUCUCUGGUGAGCUUCGGCAAAUGUUCUUCUCUCAGCACAGUGGUGGUGGUUGGGUUGAUGCGUCAGAUAUUGAGUUUGUGAAAGAUAACAAACCGGCUGUGUACUCAUCUAAACACGGACAUGCGAGUUUCCCUCAUCCAGGAAUGUAUCUCCAAGGCUCGUCAAAGUUCGGGAUUGGAGUGAGGAAUGACGUAGCGAAAAGUAAAUACAUGUUGGAUUCUAGCCAAAGGUAUGUGAUUGUAGCAGCAGAGUAUUUAGGUAAUGGAGUUGUGAUUGAGCCGCGCUGGUUACAGUAUAUGAGAGAAUGGGGUCCGAGCAUUGCCUAUGAUUCAGGGUCUGAGAUCAAUAAGAUCAUGAAUCUUCUUCCUUUGGUUGUUAGGUUCUCUUUUGAGAACAUUGUUGAUUUGUUUCCCAUUGCUCUUUAUGGAGAAGAAGGUCCUACGGGGCCAAAGGAGAAAGAUAACUGGGAAGGAGAUGAGAUCUGUUGAGAGAAGAAAAACCUCUAUGUGAACAAGAAGAUUUAGUGGAAGAUGAAGUGUUGUGAGUCACAACUUGUGACUAAUAUGUAUGUAUUUACAGUAUACACUAGUUUAGGUUUGUUCUCGGUGGUUGUAUAACUUGAUGAUUAUGUAAGACCGGCGCAUGAGCAAUAUGUAUGUUUUGUUGUGUUUAUUAUGCUCUGUUCUGGUUCUUUAAGCAUAUAGCACAAACCAAUCCGGUUUAGUGUGUUCCCGGUAUGGGACGAAAUCGGUUAAUGAAAAUUCGGUUUUUAAUAA